UGACGUCAUGAGGUCUCAGAAGGUCGCCAUUGUGUGUUGUGUUGAGUCGUACUAGGUGAAGCUCGCUGUUUGGCUUGGAUUUAGGGCUUAGUGGCCCUUCUCAACCCACCACAAUGUCAUCACCUAGUGCAGGAAAGCGUCGCAUGGAUACCGAUGUCAUCAAACUUAUUGAGAAAAAGCAUGAGGUUACAAUGCUCAAUGGGCUCAACGAAUUCUGUGUUAAGUUCUAUGGUCCAAAAGGCACCCCAUACGAGGGUGGUGUUUGGAAAGUACGCGUCCACCUGCCAGAGCACUACCCUUUCAAAUCUCCGAGCAUUGGGUUCAUGAACAAAGUUUAUCACCCCAACAUUGAUGAGGUGUCGGGCACAGUGUGCCUAGAUGUAAUAAAUCAAGCCUGGACAGCCUUAUAUGAUCUAUCAAAUAUCUUUGAAAGCUUCCUUCCACAACUUUUAACAUAUCCAAAUCCAAUUGAUCCCUUAAAUGGGGAUGCCGCUGCCAUGUACCUCCACAAGCCUGAAGAAUACAAGAAAAAGGUGUCAGAUUAUGUUAAGCGAUAUGCAACUGAAGAGGCUCUGAAGGAGCAAGAAGCUGCUCAAGCAGACUCUUCAGACUCUGAAUCCUCCAUGUCUGACUUUUCCGAAGAUGAAGCACAAGACAUGGAGCUCUAACCAUCCCAGCUGACCCGUAUCAUCGCAGUCUCCUUCAUCCUCCCCUCCCCAUCACCUCGUGCUCCAAACUCCCAGUCAGCUGUUUAUCUGCCAUAGCAUCAUUUUUUCAUAAUACAUUUCAGGUAGUGUACAAUCAUUCAUUAAAUUUUUGAGGUCCAAUUUCAAAAUAUAUUCGUAUUUAUGAUACUUUUGCCCCCCAAAAUUGUAUAAUGACAGAUGGUUAUUGAUACCUUGCAGCUUUAUUUCCUUUACUUUUGUACAUAGCAAUGUCUCCUCUUCAGAUAAAGUUUAUCAACAAUAACCACAUGUCGUUAGUGGUAUUCACUCCAGUUCGAUAUCAUAUGGGGAAAAUGUGAACCUGGUGGGAUAAUUGGUUUUAUUUUUUUGUGUAACAGAUAAUAAGAGUUGUUGGUGUUUUGACAUUCAACCAUGGCAAGUAUUUGCAAGACCACUCAGUGAAAAUUACAUGAUUAUAGGAUAGGGAUUAAUUUUGGGUCGGUAAUUACAUUCAAAGCAGCCAUAUAGUCAGUCAUCCUUUAAUCAAACUUACUUUUUUUUCUAUUUUAUUUUUGCUAAGCUUAUUACGUUUUGCCAAAUAUGCUCAAGUACAGUACUUUGAGGUACCAUCAACUGCCAUAUUUUGCCUUGAACUGCAAUAAUUGGAAUCAUUUUUGUUAAAAAUUACUACAGAUGGCUAGCUCAAGAACUAUACAAAAAGAAAUCAAUAAACUGUAUGCAAUUCUAUUCUGAGAAAACUUAGGAUUGUUAUCUAUCAUUACUAUAGAAAGAUUAUAGAUUUUUGUUCUAAAGCUGCCUGAACAUUUGGGAUACUGUAUUUAGUAUUUUUUUAAGCAGCAAAAUUGUAUCAUGUUCAUGUACAAAGUUGAAAUUUACCAGGUAAUAUAGUUUCUCCACUGAUCAAAUAUUUUGUGAAUAAACACAACAUUUUUACAGAAGAAUUGUUGCCUUGAGAAAACGGCUGGCAUAAUUGAGAGUCAUGGAGCUUCAUAAUCGUUCACAGAGAUUAUAUUAAGAGUAAACAGUGACUCCUUCACAGACAAAUGAGGGAAUAGUUUUUAUACAGGAGACAUUUUUUUCCUAGUGCCACACAUUUGUUCCCCCCGUGUGCAUUCUUGACUCAGCUCCUGCGUGUUUUCUCGUUUGCUAGUUUCUCCCCCAAGUGUUGUGUUGGUGGUAAGAGUAACUCACCGAGCUGAUUGCCAGUACUGAACAACAACACAUCACACAUGGUAAUUAUUAUUAUCUGCUAUACCUCAUGUGUUAUAUUAUUGUAAGUGAUCUUAUAUGCAUUUUGUAGCUGCAUACAGUAUACAAAUGGCUAGUAACGUCUUAGUUUUCACUUAAUACUGUAGUCCAUCAGUGUUAUAAUACAUGAUAUUGCCAUCUACAGUUUAGAUGUUCUGGUUAAUGUCUUUAUAUAAUUAUAAUGUUAUCACACAUUGAAAAUACUCAACCACUAACAUGCAAGCUCAAAAUAAAUAAAUUUGCAAAUUACUACAUGUUCCAUUAAUAAAUAUAACUUCAUUAAGUCUGGAUAAGAUUAACCAUAUCUCUUUAAUUUGAGUAAACAAAUUCUUCAUUUAGGAUUGAAAGGAGCUGACUUGAAAUGCACUUGGUGUUAUCAGGUGGAGGGACAGUGGUGGCCAAGUUAUGUACUUCCACGUACCACAAGGCCUCGGCUCUGUUAGAAGUUUGCGUUAUUAAAGACAUCUACAGUUCAAAGUUUUCAUACUUUGUGUCUGCAAAUAUUUUAAAUCAUUUUAGUAGGAAAACUUUAGAAGUUUCAAAAAGAAAUUUCCCUCAAAGCAGUUUUUAUUGUAAGUAGAACUUUUGAGAGAGUUUGAGCUUGGGGUUUCUGGGAGUACAGUGUUAUACAUGAUGUUGAGUGUGACUGUGACUUUAUUUUAUCUUAUAUGAUGACAGAUAGUUUAAUAUGUCUGUGUUUUGUUUUAGUGCUAAGAUGUUUGAACUUGAGGACUCGGUAUAUGCACUUCAUUCACUACACUGCGUUUUUCAUUAUUUUUUGAAGGAGUCUGGAUGUCAUAGCUGGAAACCAGAAAUCCAUAUUGGUUGGUUACAUUAACAUGUUGGCUGGAGACUCUUGCCUUUAAUUAGCAAUGGGAAGCUGUGUAUUAAUGAGCCUUGGGAUCAUUGAUAUUUGUGAACUUUGGGACCAUCAUUGGCAAAUCAUGUUUGAAAAAGAUUGAUGUAAGCUUUUGGGGCUACACUAUAACAUUAAAUUGUAGAACUGGUUGGCCAAACAAUCAAUUAAAUAUCUUGUUAAAUGUGAUGCCUAAUUGGCAUGUAAAAUAUUUUCUUAGUCGAAAAAUAUUUAUGAACGGGAAUUUGAACCCAUGCUGCAGGACAUUGAACAUAGAUUACUGAACAUCAAAAGAGCAUGCAUAUAUGCCACGUCUAGUCAGUGAUCAUUGUGCCACAUUACAGAGAAGCACGGCAUGUAUGGAUAGUUUGUUUUUGUUCAAACUUAAUUUGCAGGUUUUGGAUGAAGGGAUUAAUGGAAACUAAUAUGUUGGGUAAUCAAAAAAUAUUUUAAGCUGCAGGAUGUUGAUUUCAAAGAGGUCUGUGCUUGAUAGCCCUUGUUCCUCGGUGCUUGGAAGCUCUUUAAUGUUGAUAUCAAGAGUUGCCUACUGAGACCCCAUUCUCUCGACUCACAUGUACACGAGCAUACACUUGCAUACUCAUCCUUACAAUACAACUUUACGUAGUUCAAUGAUAUGUUUGUUUAUGCCUCACAUGUAGUACUGUAUGUCAUAGUCCAUCAUACUUUUGUAUAUUUUAUGGCAGAGAUUUUAGGUUUUCAAUUUGGAUUUGAUUGUUUUUAAUUGAUUUGUAAAAAUAGUGUACUGUACAAAUGUGGAUGAUUAUACAAUAAUUAAAAUAACUUGAUCAUCUAUAACAAAGAAUAGAUUAAGAUGUUUUAAUAAAUAAUUUUUCAGGCAAUAGCAUGACAUUUUCAUGAAAGAUCAUUCAAUUAGCUCAUUGGCUGUGGACUGUAUCAUAGGUGAUUUGCUCUGAUAUUUAUAUUUACACUGCUCUUUCAGUUUAAAAUUUAAGUAAUCAGAGCUCAAGAAUAUUUCAAGCAAUUUAUGCAGUUUUUAUUAAAGUAAGGGUCAAAAUAAAGAGGAGAAUAUUCAUUCGAAUCAUAUUUAUUUUUUAGAUUUAGUUAAAUAAUUUAUAAAACUAAUAAAAGCAAGGUGAUUUUUUUUUAUAAGUUAGAAAUAUAACAAGCAGAAUAUUAAAGAUAUUUAUCCUGUUCUGAAGAAUGGGAUUUCUUCUAUUUCUAAUGUCAUCUAGGCAUUAAUGUAACCAUUUCGCGUGUCUCCUUGUGCUAUUUCGUUUUCUAUUGAUUCUGUCUUCUGGUUCUCCACUUGGUGGGUGUGCUUGCCGAGGCCAUUUUCAGACUUUUAACAAAUUCUUGUUUUUCAAGGCAAGCAAUUAGCAGCUGCUUCACUUAUGUUACAGCCAAAUCAGCAAGUAACUUUUUUUUUAAAGUGAGUAUUUGAAAUAUUGUAUCAAAUAAAGUUUAAAUGUUAAUGAAAUGAUUUGUGUGUGUGUGAGAGAGAGAGAGAGCCUCGAGGGAUGUAUAUUACAAGAGAGAACAAGGCAUAAUUGAGAGCUAAGUGUAACUUUUGUUUGCAAUUGUAUCUAAUCUGUGAUCUGUUAUAAAUGAAAUAAGAUAUUUAUGGAAUCGGAAGAAUGCAAAAGCUGAUUAUUAUUUGCUUGGACAUUUCAUUUGUUGGGUUGAUUAGGAAUUUUUUUGUUAAAACAAUGUAUAUUCCACAAAAUCCUGUACAAAAUUCAACUGCAAGUGAUCUUUGAAAAAGUUUUGUUCAAGUAUAAUUGAAAGCUGUUUAGUGAAAGUGGAGUUGAUGUAGGCAAUUCAGAGUGCAACCAAGAAACUGAGUUCCAUGGACAAGUAAUGUGAGAAUUGAGGCCAGUGGCUAAUGGAGUUGAGCUGCUCCGCCCACCAUCUAUGGUUCUCCUGUGUUGCCAUCGUUGUGUCAACUUGAGCCAAGCUCUGUAGAGAGAGAGUUGUAAGCUUCCUGCUAUGUUGCCUUACUUUACUUUUGAGUGUAAUGAGUAAGCUUACUUGAAAAUGUUUAUAGUUGUGUAGACAGUAUAUUCCUGUUAAAUUGGUAUAUAUUUAAUGACUUCUUUAUAAUAUAUUCAAGUGGAAUAAAUUUUAUUUAAGA